GUCUUUGUUUUUUUUCUAAAUUUAUAAAUUCUUAUUCAAUUUAUCAUCAUCAUUAUUGAAUCACAAUGAAAUCAUCUUUGAUCAUUUCAUUUAUUUUUAUGGUUUGUUGCUGGCGACAAAUCAUUGCCGACACUCCUGCCAAUUGUACUUAUGAAGAUAUUAGAGGCUUAUGGUUGUUUGAAGAAUCAACACCGAUUAAUGAUCGUACAGAAAAAUGUGAUAAUGGUCGUCGUGAAUAUACGAAAAAAAUCUAUGUAAGAUUAGAUUUUCCAAACACUGCUGUCGAUAAAUUCGGUAAUGUUGGCACUUGGACAUUGAUUUAUAAUCAAGGUUUCGAAGUGAUUAUCAAUUAUCGAAAAUAUUUUGCCUUUUCUGCCUAUGAACGUAAAUCGAAUUCAAAAGUAAUUAGUUAUUGUCAUAAAACAAUACCUGGAUGGUCACACGAUUUACUUGGUAAUAAUUGGGCAUGUUACAUUGGUCAUAAAGUAAAUGAUUGGAAUAGUAGUCCAUUACAAAAAAUUGGCUCGGAACAAUUUCCAAUUAAAGAACAUAUUGAACAACCAUUAUAUUUGAAAAAUAUUGAUCUUAGUCAUGCAUUGAGCCAGAAACAUGUUGAUCACAUUAAUUCUAAACAAAAAUCAUGGAAAGCAACCGUAUAUCCAGAAAUGCAAUCAAAAACAGUAGAACAUUUGAUUAAAAUGGCUGGAGGUGAAAAAUCCAGAAUAAUGAGCCGCCCAAAACCAAUACGUGCAACGGAACAACAGCGACACGAAGCUCGUGGUUUACCUGAAUCAUUCGAUUGGCGUAAUGUUGAUGGUAUCAAUUAUGUAUCACCAGUACGUAAUCAAGGCAAUUGUGGAAGUUGCUAUGCAUUCGCAUCGAUGGCUAUGCUUGAAGCUCGUAUUCGUAUCGCAACGAACAAUACUGCAAAACCGGUAUUCUCACCACAAGAAGUGGUGGAUUGUUCAGAAUAUUCACAAGGUUGUGAUGGUGGAUUCGGAUAUUUGAUUGCCGGAAAAUAUGCACAAGAUUUUGGUGUCGUUGAAGAAUCUUGUUAUCCAUAUAAAGCUUAUACUGGAAAAUGUAAACUCGAUUAUAAUACAACGGCUAAAUGUCAACAACGAACAUAUACAAUUAAAUAUAAUUAUCUUGGUGGGUAUUUUGGUGCUUGCAAUGAAGAAGCAAUGCGUAUUGAAUUAGUGAAAAAUGGUCCAAUAGCAGUCGGUUUCGAAGUUUAUAAAGAUUUCAUGACUUAUCGAAGAGGCAUCUAUUCACAUGAUUCAGAUUAUGAAACCGAACAAAAAGUUGGUGUAGAAUUCAAUCCAUUCGUGUUGACCAAUCAUGCCGUCCUUAUUGUUGGUUAUGGACGUGAUGAAAAAUCUGGUGAAAAUUAUUGGAUUGUUAAAAAUAGCUGGGGAGAACAAUGGGGAAUAGAUGGAGGUUAUUUCCUUAUUCGUCGUGGUACCAAUGAAUGCGGUAUCGAAAGCAUAGCAAUGGCAGCAACACCAAUUCCAAAUUAAAUUAAUCAUGAACAUGAACAUUUAUCAAAUCGAAAAAUAUUUUUUUUAAUGAUAAUGAUGAUGAUGAAUAAAUUCAUACAUUAAAUGAAUGACAAUUGUUACAUAAGAAUUUGGUGUGGAAAGAAAAAAAAAUUAUUAUAAUAAACAAAAAAAAAAUGACAGGAAUA